UCUCCCCUUCAAAACGCGCCGUAUUUUCGAUUUGGACAGAAAAUGACAACAAAUAUAUGUAAGUUGUUAGUUGAAGAUUGUUCAACUUAUUACAACUAGGUGCAGUAAAUUAUUAGCAGACAUGACAGAAGAGAGUGAUCAAGAGAACUUGAAUCAAUGUUAUUGUGAUAGUAACUCGAGUGAUAAUGGGCAGUUUCAGUCUGGGCUGCCACAAAACAGAACGUGCAAAUGGACCAUUUUGGACCUACGAACAGUUGGUCUUUUCUACUACAAUGAAUCUACACCUGUCAUAACCCUACUAGACAUGAUUACCAGUCAAACAGGGAUGUUUGAACAGUUAUCUUUUGAACAAAAGCAAGUCGUCCAAAGUCUUCAGAGAAAUAUAACUUUUAAUUACUCUAUGGAUGACAUAACUUUUGGUGAUGACUGUUUGAGUGAAACCCAAGAAAAUUUGAACAUAAUCAAACAGGAGGAUGUUGUGCUUGCAGAAGACUUUCUAAGAAAUACAGUUCUGAUGGUACAUUCAGGGAUGCUACGAUCUCAACCAGACAAAGUAUCAAAAGGAGUGUUUAUAGAUUUGUUCAACUCUUUUGUAAAGAUGUGUGGCUUAAUUCCUGUAAGUGGUACCGAGUGGAGGUCAAAACAAAACAUUCUCCAGAGUGAAGUAUUGUCAGAACCAGAUGUUAUACUUACUACUGCAGACUCAUUGGAAUCGAUCGUCUUUCCAUUAAGUGCAGUAUCUGUAGUAUCUAUUGUGGACAUUUUAGAGGAUGAAAACAUGUCUGCACAAUUGAAUGGUCAUGAUGUGAAAUUUGAAUACCCAGAGAGAACAAGAACGAGAAGAAGUAUAUCUUCAUGCUCUAUGUCAAGUGACGAAUCUGACGAGGAACCUGUUAUAUACGGAAGAAUAAGAGAGAAAGUACUCUGUCAGCAUGCUGGGGAUCUACUGAUGCAUACACUUGAACAUAACAAAUGGAGAAAUAAAUUUGACUGUAAAACAAAAAAGUCAAAGUACCGACCUGGAAUUAUUGUUGUAGGAACACAGGUUACAUUCACUCUUUUGGACUACAGUUUUGAUCAUCACAGAGAAUUAAAAUCUGGAGGUGUUGAAAGGGAAAGAAGUUAUAUAUACUACUCAGAACCAAUGGAUAUUUUAAAGAAAGAAGAGCGGGAUUUAUUGCUUGAGGCAUUAGUUAGAAUGAGAAAUACUGUAGAUAGUUGAGAUUCUUCUACCAUUGAGAACAAAAGCAUUUAAGGUUUUUGUACACAAAUUACCUAAUGCCAAGUUGACUGUUUUGCUGACUAUGCAUUUCUUCUUAAUUGUUGGAGAAGAACUAUGGUUUACGCCCAAAGCUGAGCACAAUACAAGCAAUCAUCUUUGUUUCAAAUUCAGUUGAAUUUAAGAAAUGGUAUUUUUACUUUAUUGCAAACCAGAUGAAAAAGACCAAAAUUGUGAUUUUAUGCAAAAUAAUGAUCAUUUUUUAAUGAAAGAGUUGAAGUCUCAAUGUGUUUGAUUUCAUAUCAGAAUAUCUGAUUAUGUUCAAAAAUGCUGUGAUUGAAUGGCUAUCAUUGUCAGGAGAUGGGAGUGCUGUGAUUGAAUGGCUAUCAUUGUCAGGAGAUGGGAAUGAUGUGAAUAGUUUUUAUUCUUGGGUAAAACAUUUAUUUAUUUAUUUUUGAUUUUGAUUUGAAAAAGAAGACAUAUUUUUCUACUGUUAGAACAAAACCAAAUUAUCAUUUCACAUGAAAAUGUAAGAACAAAUAUACCCACUGUGUGUAUAAUGAAUUAAGGUAUUAAUCAGCAUCAUUAUAUAGCUGUAUUAAAUAUAAGUACUCUC